AUGCCUUCCCCAAUGAUCAAAAUGUUGGCGGUGGGUUGGAUGAGUUGCACUUCGGCCGCAGUCUUCCCCGCGCGUGCCAACUUUGAGUUUUGGGGGGCGGGAGAGUGUCCACGAAUUGUUUCCCUCUGCCGUAUCUCCUCCUUCUACCUCUUCCUGCUGAUCGUCGUCCCCCCUCCUCGCCGACGUGGCGUGUCCAUCCCCCUCUGUGGGGACAGCUCUGCAGACUUGUGGCGCCCCGUCCGAGCUGGCCGCGCAUGGGGCAGCAGGGCCACGUCGGCCCUGACAUGCGGCCUGGACUAG